GGCUGGCAGUGGACGGAUGUGGUGUCCCCAAAACUUGUCUAGACCAGGGGCCAGAAUCAGUGGCCAGCAAGUGUAGAGAGAAAGCACCUGCAUUCUUCUGCAUCUUCUGCACCUCACAGGGUCAAGUUUGGCCUUUCUUCCUGCACUAUCCCCCAUUCUGGUUAAGAUAAGUGACUUGUUUCCUUCAUUGUCUGGUUUUUUGAUUGUUGUUCCAAAUAGACUUGGUUCAGGUCAAUGUCAGGAAUUACUUGGUUCCUGUGUAUGUUUUCUGACACUACUUCUAACACCAGAUUUUUGACUUUUCCAAUACCAAACAGUUCUCUGAUACCAACUUUUAUCCAGCAAUUCAGUUCUGAUGUUAGCUCCCAGAGCUGCAGAUGAGGUCCUAUUUGACCCACACUUCUGCCUGGCUGACUACAAAUGUAGGGAUUCCCAGGAUCCCUUCUUAUGUUUGAUCGUUUAUUAGAAUGAGACAGAAGUCAGGAAAACACUUCACUUAUACUUAAUAGUUUCUAACUAAAGCUAACUGCAACUCAGGAAUGGCCAGUAGAAGAGAUUCAAGAGGGCAAAGUAUGGGAGGGGUUGUGUGGCACCACUGUACCAGGACUUCAGCGUGUUCACCAGUGUGUGAAGCUCUCAGAAUCUCAUUGCUCAGGAGUUUUAUUAUAGAAUUCUAUCUCCAGCUCCCCUUCCCUCCCAGAGGAUGGUGGUGGGAAUGAAAGUUCCAAUCCUCUCAUCAUGUUUGGUCUGGUGAUUGACCUCCAUUAUGAAUCUGUCUGGGGAUCCCACCCAGAGUCACUUGAUUAACAUAAACUCUGUUAUGGUUGCAAGGGGCUCCUUAUUAUUUGCUAUUGCAGAACAACUUUUACCACCUAGGAAAUUCCAAGGGUUUUAGGAGUUUUGUACCACAAAAAGGGAAUAAAGCUUAAACAUAUAUAUUUUAUUAUAUUGCAGUUCUAAAGUGGGAUAUUAAAAAUUAUGAUUAUGCAUUAUUGUUCUGGGUUUUUUUUUCUGGUCUUUAUAUCAUGCCCUACCUUCUCCACAAAUAGAUUAUGGUCCUGAUUUUUCUGAUCUGAAAGUUAGGAUGACAUUACAGGGUUAGAAUGAGAGUGUUUCCGAGAUGAUCAGGUAUUUUGAAACCUGGAACAUUUCCUCUAACACAUUCUUUUAUGUUUUUGGACUUCAGGGAGAUCCCUUCAUUGUUUAGCGGUUAACAAACCAGAGUAGUAUCCAUGAGGAUGCGGGGUUGAUCCCUGGCCUCGCUCAGUGGGUUAAGGAUCUGGUGUUGCCAUGAGCUAUGGUGUAGGUUGGAGAUGCCUCUUGUAUCUGGUGUUGCUGUGGCUCUGGCGUAGGCCAGCUGAUGUAGCUCCGUUUAGACCCCUAGCCUGGGAACCUCCAUAUGCUACAGGUGGGCCCUAAAAUAGUCAAACCCCCCCCAAAACAAAAAAACUUCUGUCGAUAGUUCAUAAGUGAAAUUUGAGUGCAAGGGCCAGGACAUUCUGCUUGAUGACUAUUAUUAGCGAAGUUGAUAGAACUGAUUCAGAGGACUUUGUGUUUAUAAAUACUGAAUCCAGAAGUAGGGUAUGGGUUACUGCUGAAAUAAAGCAGAACUAGCCUUCUUGGCUGGAAAAGGAAAUAUUUGCAUAAAGUCUUCCUCUCUCAAGAGAAGAGCCAAGGGGUGUUAGGCCGGAAGGGAACUAGGAGGUCUAAGAGCCUCAGACGCUGUGGCUGGAAAUCAGAAACUUAGCCAAGCCUCCUUCUAGGUCAUUAUUUUUUAACUCUUCAUGGAGUAAGAUGUGUCAGGACCAUGAAAAAAAAACAGUUUCCUGAAAAGGCAACGUUGCUGUGAUUUUGUCUUUCUCUGGAAUGUGAAGUCUAUUCACCAUAAAAUGUAUUUUUUCCCUAUCCAACAGCAAUAUCCUCCUUGAUAGUUUCCCUGACUCCUCAAUCAUUGAAAGACAAAAAACAACCCGACCACAAGCAAAACCCAAUUGUGGGAUUUUAAAAUUUAAAUUUCAUUAAACUUGAGAAAAGCACACACAAAGAAGAGGAAGAAAAUCAGUGAUAGUUAUAUCAAAACAUUGCUAAUAUUUAGGGGUCAGUACUGUGGAGAAGUGAUUUCCCUAUUCUGGGAAGAGUGGAAAAUAUAUCUUUUUUUUUUUUUCAUUUAAUGUUAUCAUAUAAGCAUUGUUCCAUUGUUGAUGAAGAUCACAGAUAUAGUAGAUGUAGUGUCUUAGAGUAAAGGCUCUGACACUAAAAUGUCUGGGAUUUAAAUCACGGUCUGCCAUGUGUGAGUGCUCUGCUUCUGUUUUAUCAACUGUACAAUGUGGAUGAUAGUGACAGCCAACUCACAAGUGAAAUGCUUCUGUACAUUAGUACAUGUUUGUUAUUAUCAUCAAAAUAGAUUUUACUAUAUUACAUUACAUACAUUAAUGUAUGUAUAUAGUAGAAAUUUUUAUAAGAUGCAGAAAAGAAGAAAUCAAAACCAGCCAUUAUUCUAAAACCCAGAGAAAAUGACUUAUCCAGUGUUAACAUUUUGCAUUUUUAAAUGCAUUUUCUCUUACAUAUAAUUGAGCUAGUGUUGUAUUUCUAGUUUAUAUCUUGAUCGUAAGUAUUUUAUGUACUCUUUGAAGACAUAAUUUGAAAAGACUGCAUAGAUCAUCUUGUAUACAUAUGUUACUUAACCUUUCCUCAGAAUCUUGACAUGUUGGUGGCUUCCCUGCCCACCCAGAUCCCCAUUUUUAAAUAGAAGUAAUCAUAAAUUAGCCUCGUUUAGAAUAGUCUGGGGCCUGAACCACUGAACCCUGGCCAGUUUGAAGCUCACAGUUUUUACUGUAACCAGGAUGUAAUUAGAUCCAAUCCACAAACCAGUUCACUCAGGGUUGGUUGACCAUAUUAUGACUAAUAAUAUGAGAUCUUUGUAAGGGUUUGUCUUCUUCAGUAUUAGAGGUUAUUUCCUUAGACUAGAGUCUCAUGAAUGGAAAUGCAGGGUCAGAGGAUGACAAAUAUUUUCUAUAGGGACUAUACUGACUAAGAUUUAUGGCAACAAUGUAUGAGCCUGCCCUACUUUCUGUGGCCUCCAUGUCCCCUCCCCCAGCUCUGGGUUGCUUCUCAGAUCAGAAAUAUUGAGGAAGUUGUCAGGCGUGCCAAAACACCACAAUAGAGUUAAUCCUAAUUAAAGUCAUCGUUCUGGCCACUCCUUUUCACUCCUAGUCACUUCUCCCUCCUCCAGGGCCCUUCCUUCUACCUUUCAUGGUCUUUUUCUCUCUCAGCUUUCUCUAACCCCCUCAUGUAGCCUUCCUUCCUCUUAUCCAGUCGGGGGAAAUCACAUAAUUAAAUUGUUCCAUUAAGAGGUCAGUGACUUUAUUUUUUAAUUUAAUUUUAUUUUUAUUUUUUGUCUUUUUGCCAUUUCUUGGGCCGCUCCCAUGGCAUAUGGAGGUUCCCAGGCUAGGGGUCUAAUCAGAGCCGUAGCCACCGGCCUCGUGGCUAGAGCCACAGCAAGGUGGGAUCUGAGCUGCAUCUGCAACCUACACCACAGCUCACAGCAAUGCCAGAUCCUUAACCCACUGAGCAAGGCCAGGGAGGGAACCUGCAACCUCAAGGUUCCUAGUCGGAUUUGUUAACCACUGAUCCACGACGGAAACUCCAAGAAGUCAGUGACUUUAGCACCUAGAAGUGUGCUUCCCCAGUGGGGUAUUUGCAUGUUAAUAAAUGAUUCCUGGAGCAUUGUGGAACCCAAAGAUCUGAACUUGAUGGUGGAAUUUGGGGUACUCUGAUACACAGGGAAGAAGAUAUUUUGAGUCUGUGCCCUUCACAUUAUAUAACAGCUGGUAUCUAAAGUGCAAGACCUGGUCUAUGGAUGGGUUGACUCCAAGGCUAGUUUUUGAGAAGCCUUCAUUUCCUCACUGCCAAAGCACUAAUGGCUCAGAGCAGGAACACCUUUUCCUAAAAGUGUCUCUUGGAAAAACUGUUAAGGGGAGAUUAUUUACUAAAUUGGAUAUAAUAAAAGACUGGUCAGCAGCACAUGCAGAUUCUUUACAUAAAAUAUAACUUUUAUGAUACAAGGCAGGGCUUCUUUUAUGGCUUUUUAAUCAUCUAGUUGAAAUUGCCAAAGGUGUGGGGAGCCUUUGCUUCUGUAGCCAGUGAUGUGAUGAAGUUUCAUGUCCCUGCACAGGCAGAUCCGGGUACUUCUGAGUGGAGCCAAGGCUCUGAUUUCCUUGGCCUGAACUCUACAUUGCAGAAGCCUGAUCCAACCCAAAGAUGACCUCACUGGCCACUGUGGCAUCUGGCCCCCGCACCCGGCUCUUUGCCUGCUUCCUCAGGCUGGGCACUCAACAGGUCAGUCCACUCCAGCUGCACACAGGGACCAACCUCGCAGCCAAGAACCACUAUGAAGUGCUAGUGCUGGGCGGGGGCAGUGGUGGGAUCACCAUGGCCGCCCGCAUGAAGAGGAGAGUGGGUGCAGAGAAUGUGGCCAUCGUUGAGCCCAGCGAGAGACAUUUCUACCAGCCCAUCUGGACCCUGGUGGGUGCUGGUAUCAAGCAGUUGUCCUCAUCUGGCCGACCCACAGCGAGUGUGAUUCCAUCUGGUGUAGAAUGGAUCAAAGCUAGAGUGGUUGAUCUGAACCCAGACAAGAACUGCAUCCACACAGACAAUGGCAAGGAGAUCUCCUACAGAUACCUUAUCAUUGCCCUUGGAAUCCAGCUGGACUAUGAGAAGAUCAAAGGCCUCCCUGAGGGUUUUGACCAUCCCAAAAUAGGGUCCAAUUACUCAUUUAGGACAGUAGAGAAGACAUGGAAAGCGCUGCAGGACUUCAAGGAGGGUAAUGCAAUCUUUACCUUCCCCAAUACUCCAGUAAAGUGUGCCGGAGCCCCACAGAAGAUCAUGUAUUUAUCAGAAGCCUAUUUCAGGAAGACGGGGAGGAGAUCCAAGGCCAAUAUCAUUUUCAACACAUCCCUUGGAGCAAUUUUUGGGGUCAAGAAGUAUGCAGAUGCCCUGCAGGAGAUUAUCCGGGAGAGGAACCUCACUAUUAACUACAAGCAAAACCUCAUUGAAGUCCGAGCUGAUAAACAAGAGGCUGUUUUUGAGAAUCUGGACAAACCUGGAGAGACUCAAGUGAUUUCGUAUGAGAUGCUUCACGUUACACCACCCAUGAGCCCACCAGAUGUCCUCAAGACGAGUCCUGUGGCUGAUGCUGCUGGCUGGGUGGACGUGGAUAAAGACACUCUGCAGCACAAGCGGUACCCAAAUGUGUUUGGGAUUGGGGACUGCACCAACCUUCCAACAUCCAAGACUGCUGCUGCUGUAGCUGCCCAGUCAGGAGUCCUUGACAGAACAAUUUCUCUGAUUAUGAAGAAUCAGACACCAACGAAGAAGUAUGAUGGCUACACGUCGUGUCCACUGGUGACUGGUUACAACCGUGUGAUUCUUGCGGAGUUUGACUACAACGCUAAGCCCCUGGAAACCUUCCCCUUUGACCAGAGCAAAGAGAGACUUUCCAUGUACCUCAUGAAGGCUAACAUGAUGCCGUUCUUGUAUUGGAAUGGGAUGCUAAGGGGUUACUGGGGAGGACCAGCCUUUCUGCGGAAGUUGUUCCAUCUGGGUAUGAGCUAAGGAUGGCAUGACUCUUGCUGUCCUCGGAUGACUUCUGGAUCCAAAAUCACAGCCACUGAUUGACCAAGAGCAGCAUGAAGAACUCAAAACCUAACGCUGUAAAGAAUUUAUCUCUGGAUAAUGGUGACCAAAUGCCUGUCUUUUCAUUCCCUCUGGACAGCCACCUUGGGGGCUGCCCAGGAUGCAUCUGAUUCUUUGGAAACAUUUAAAUGAAAGAAUAGACUUCAAAUUUUUUAAAUAAAAGCUUGCCAUUGAUUGAGA